ACUAAUAUUUAAUAAGAAAUGCAGAAGCAAUCACAAAGGACAUGUAUAAGUGUAAAUGAUUAGUAUGCGCGUUGUUGUUGUUGUUAUUUUUUUUCAGAUUAAUUUUAUCACCAUCAUUCCCAUUAUUAAUUAGAAAGUUACUUGUUUGAUGGCAAAGUGCAAGUGACCACUGACUAGUAGUAGAUGGCAGAAUGACAGAACAUAUAGCUGCACAACAGUUGUUCCAGAAGGAUGCUCAAAUUAUUACACCGGAAGCUAUACAGAGUGUAAAAGCUGCCCUUGCAAGUAGUGAAGUUCAGCAAAAGGCAGAGAUAAAAAAGAGAGCCAUACCAUGUAAAGCAGCAGGACAAACGUGGGAAGAUCCAACUUUAGCAGAUUGGCCUGAGAAUGAUUUCCGUAUAUUUUGUGGAGAUCUUGGCAAUGAGGUUAAUGAUGAUGUUCUUUCAAAAGCUUUUUCAAGAUAUCCUUCUUUCAACAGGGCAAGAGUGGUGAGAGACAAGAACACUGGCAAAACUAAAGGUUAUGGAUUUGUCAGUUUUGCAGAUUCUUCAGAUCUUGUCUCUGCAUUGAAAGAAAUGAAUGGUAAAUAUGUUGGAAACCGUCCAAUCAAAUUGCGGAAGAGUACAUGGAAAAAGAGGAUAGAUUUUGAGGCGUUAGAGAAACAGAAGAGGCAGCCUCAGAAGAAGCCAAAGCCUGUGAAGAGAAGCGUCCUCCACAAAUAAAGCUUGUGAUCCUUCUUAUUUGCAGUUUUCAUCAGUGAAGGAACUUGGGAGCUCCAAAAGACUAAGGCCUCCACAUCAGAUUUGGGUGCAGCGCAGAUUGGAAAGACUUCUUAGCGUCCAGUGUUAUUAUUUAGAUUAGAUUUUGUAUGUGUUGCAGACAAGUGCUGCCAAUUGAAUCUCUGCCCGAUGGUGGGCUUAUUCUGUUGGGCAUACCAUUGAACAUGAAAAUCUCUUUGCUGAUUCUUAUAAUGAACAGAACUUUUGUCUUGAACUGA